AUGUCGGUUUUGUGGCCUAUCUACCUGUAUACUGCAUUUUUUACCCUGCGUGCUCAAUCGGUUGGACUUUACGAAAGUGAUGGUCGAAUAUCAGUAUUGACUACAGCUAAUUUCUCCGAUUUUGUCAAACUACAGCCAACGCUUGUACAAUUCUACUUAAGCACCUGUGGUUCUUGUCAAAAUUACGCUCCAACGUUUAGAAAUCUUAGUGAAUCCGUUGAAGGCUGGCGGUGGGCUGUUAAAUUGGCCGUAGUAGAUUGUAACGAGGCGGAUAACGAGAUUACCUGCGAGGACUACAGUAUAUCCACGUUUCCAACGUUUUUGUUCUUUCUCAAAGGAUCUGAGCCGACUCAAGUUGGAAAAAUGCUUGAUGACGUUAUGUUUCGGAAAACUAUUAGCGAAAUAUUGGUUAAUAAGCAACAAUACGACCAGCUUCUUCCUGGACGGACCAGUUCGAAUGCCUUGAUAAUUUAUGGACCGGAUAUCAAUGAAAUCGCAAUGCUUAUUUUGGAUGUUCAGUCGAAAACUCCAGUGACUUUACAGAGUAAUUUUACGGAAGGCUCCCGAUUUGGUGUCAGAAAUACAGUUGGAAAGGUUUUGUUUGACAGUGAGAGCAUAGAGGCUGUGAAAGACUUCCUUACCAAAAAUUACCAAACCGGAAUCAAGGACCUGUCUGAGGCUGCCACCAGACAUCCGAUUAUCGAUGCUGGAAAAGAGAAGUACCCUCCUACUUUUUCGAUGCCCGUUUACGCGGCCGAUGUCGUUUCGUCCCUCCAAGAUCUCCUCAUUCACGAUGUCGGAAGGAAGAAAGUAAUCGAGGGUGCUAAUCUUGAUGCUUUGAAGGAGUUUCUUACCGUAUUAUCAAAGUACUUGGAUUUGGGACAGCAGUACAAUGAGGAAAUCGCAUACCUCAAGAAGAAGGUUGAUGAAAAAUUGGAAAUCCAAAAGCAGGAGUGGCUAGGCCUGCUGGCUAAAGUGACAUUAUCGACGGAUAAGGUCCAAUACAUUGCCUGCCGUGGCAGUAAACCUCAUUUAAGAGGUUAUCCCUGCGGUUUGUGGGUCAUGUUCCAUGCCAUGACGGUGAACAGGUAUAUUCAGGGUGAAAAGUCGGACGGAACCGCACCAAUCGCGCAUGCCCUGAAUCGCUUCGUUCCGCGCUUCUUCAGUUGCGGCUACUGCGCCUUCCACUUCGCCAAAAUGACCUCAAACGUGCGUUUAGGGGAAGAGGACAUCUACCCUCACCGUCCGGGCGAGAAGCCGCCCUUCCCGUUGGAGGUGCCUGACCCCACCACCCUUCCCGCGGCCCCCAAGUCGGCUCGCGAGGAAGUACUCUGGCUGAAUACCGCCCACAAUAUGGUCAAUAAACGCCUCUCGGGCAAUCCCUCGGAGGACCCAACCGCCCCAAAGAUAGUCUUCCCCUCGCCGGAGCAGUGCCGUGCCUGUUGGUCCGAGGCCGCACGGCAGCAGGUGGCAGUAGAUAAGUUCGCUGCCAUGCCAGACAAGACUGAUGAACUGCUAGCUUACCUCGUUCACCACUACAGACCCUCCUCUUGGCGAUGGGAUGGUGUGCACGUGUCAUUUGAGGCCAUCUCUCGCCAUUUUACUCUGGUAGCCAAUUUGCACAAGAAGUGCUUCACUACAAUUUUAACCACCAAUCCGAUCGCAAUUUUAAGCAUAAAAUCGGUCGCGGACACCUUCAGCACGACCGACAUGGUUUUAGUCGGGGUGACUUGCGUGUGCUGCUCGACGGCGCUGGCAGUUCUUGUCGCCCUACUCUGCUGUCGCUUGCGCCCCUCACGACGCAGCCACCUUCCCCUUUCCACCACCGCCUGA